UAGCUACCCUUCUAGCUAGCUUCUUAUACAUUUAUGCAUGUUUUGGUUUGCAUGAGACAUGACUGCACGUUUAAUAGAUGGAAGAAACCAGCAAUCUGGCCAUUGCCUGAAGGUGGCAUACGGCCAUCGUGCUCAGCAUUCAAUUUAGCGUAGAAUUAUACAAAGCUUCCACUACUAAUUAACUCUAAUCCCCCUUGUCCUAUAAAUAUCAACCUAAGAAGGAUGUGCUAAUUACUUCAUCUCAUCUCCAUUAAUUUGGUAAUUCUAGAAUGAACAUGAGAAUGUCAGCUGUAGCUGCUUUGGCUCUAGCCCUUGGUCUCAUCCUUGUGAACUUCACAGGGAAAUGCCACGCUGCUCUUCAGGUAGGAUAUUACAAGGACAAAUGCAUGUUAAAAGAUGUUGAGGGCAUUGUUUUCUCUGCAGUCAAAGGAAGAUUCGACAAGGAUCCAACAAUUGCAGCUGCUCUCAUUCGUUUACACUUCCAUGACUGCUUUGUCAAUGGAUGUGAUGCAUCCAUUCUCCUAGACGGUAAGUCCAGUGAGAAAACCGCACCUCCAAAUCGAAGUGUUAGGGGUUAUGAUGUUAUUGAUGAAGCAAAGGGUGAAGUGGAGAAAGCCUGUAAAGGAGUCGUUUCUUGUGCUGAUAUCAUAGCCAUGGCUGCUAGAGAUGCUGUAGCAUUGAGUGGAGAAGGGCGAUACAGUGUUGAGACGGGCAGAAGGGACGGGUUUGUAUCUUUGGCUUCGAAUGUAGAUCUCCCCUCUCCAAGUUUCUCAGUUUCCCAAUCCGUUGAUGCAUUUGCCAAGAAAGGACUCGAUCCUACAGAUAUGGUUCUUCUUCUUGGUGGUCAUACAGUUGGGGUUGCACAUUGUUCUCACUUCCAAGACCGACUUUACAAUUUCCAGAACAGCGGGGAGCCAGACCCGACAAUGGAUCUAUCGUUACUUCAGAAACUGAAAUCAAUCUGUCCGCAAAAUUCACCAGCUGACAGAUCUGUUGACCUUGACCAGAAUCCUCUGAGUUCAUUAACCGUGGACAACUCCUUCUACAAACAAAUAAUUCUCAAGAGAGGAAUUCUUCAAAUUGAUCAAGAGCUGGCCUUGGACCCCUUGACUAAUGGCACAGUGGCCAGUAUAGCCACCAGCAAUGACUUCCCUGCCAAGUUCGGACAGGCAAUGGUUAAGUUGGGAGCUGUUGGUGUCCUUACAGGCUCACAAGGGGAGAUUAGGAAAUCAUGCAGUGUCACCAAUAGUUUUCCCAACUUCCUCCAUUUUUGAAUGAUUCUUUUUUUUUGCUUCAGAUAUUUUUGGGAUGAAUAUUCCUUUUUGUUUUU